CACUAUGGGGCAUGCAAAGUGACAUUAACGGUACUACGGUAGUGCUUGCUUAUAAGUUAUAAAUAGAGGGCACUCCUCUGCUAAAGAGCAUCUGAAUUAUUCACAAACUAGAAGUAUUAUUAUUCUUCCAUUUCCAUUAAAAAGAAAAUAUCAUAAAUGGGUAUUUUCACAUUCGAGGACGAAAUCACCUCCCCUGUGGCUCCUGCUACUCUUUACAAAGCUCUAGUUACAGAUGCCGACAACAUCAUCCCAAAGGCUCUUGAUUCCUUCAAGAGUGUUGAAAACGUUGAGGGAAAUGGUGGCCCUGGAACAAUCAAGAAGAUAACUUUCGUUGAGGAUGGAGAAACCAAGUUUGUACUGCACAAGAUAGAAGCAGUUGAUGAGGCAAACUUGGGAUAUAGCUACAGCGUAGUGGGUGGUGCUGCGUUGCCAGACACAGCGGAGAAGAUCACAUUCCACUCCAAAUUGGCUGCUGGUCCCAAUGGAGGCUCUGCUGGCAAGCUCACUGUCGAAUACCAAACCAAAGGAGAUGCUCAGCCCAACCAAGACCAACUCAAAACUGGAAAAGCCAAGGCUGAUGCUCUCUUCAAGGCCAUUGAGGCUUACCUUUUGGCCAAUCCCGAUUACAACUAAUCCAAUUCGAUCAACUUCAUGAUUAUCAUCACUAUCUCUCUUGCUUUUUCUGAGACUUCAUAUAUCUGUAUCUCACUUCAUCAAUAAAUCAACAAAUUAUAAUAAAGGAAAUUAGCCAUCAUUAGACCUUUUC